AAUUUAUCUGAAAAUCCGACAAUAAUGGAACUCCUUAGAAGAGUUGAGGUGAUCGACAGCAAGAGGUGCUCGAAGCUGCGCGUGGAGUUCACGCCCUCUCAACGUGGCGGCCGCUCAUCGGACCCUGUUUCUCCGGCCACCACCUCGUCCCGGUUUCAACCACCGGUUCGAUCAGUCGGACCUUUUUCUGGUCUGAUUAUCUGCGUAACCGGUCUCUCUAAAGAAGCAAGGAAUCAGGUUAAGGAAGCUACAGAGAAACUUGGUGGUGAAUACAGUUCUCUAUUGCAUUCUCUGUGUACCCAUUUGGUCGUUCAGAUAUCCUUUUACGUUUACAGCUACAAUGGACGCAAGUUUGAGCAUGCCUUGAAACAUGGGAGAAGAGAUAGUUUGCAUAUCGUUACACUUGGGUGGUUUGUGGACAGCGUCCGGGGAAAUGUUACGUUGCGUGUGUCUCUCUACACGCUGUGUGAGUCUCUCUACAUGGUGAAAAACCCUGAAAACCCGCAUAAAAGAGCCCAAGGAACAGAAUUCAAAGGAAGCAAGGGCUUGGCGUUAUCAGGUUAUUCGGUUUUCAUCGAUCCCGAUGUUUCAGACGAAGUAAGACGCCAGGUUUCAAAACUGAGUGUUGAAGGAGGUGCCAAGCUCAUGAAUCAAUGGUUUAUUGGAUGUAAUGCAAGCCAUGUUGUAUGUGAAGUUGGUUCUGUUCAGAGAUAUCUUGGUCACUCGAGCCAUCUUGUUACACCACUCUGGCUUCAGAAGACGCUAGAAGAGAAACCAACCCAAAAUCUUGUCCGAAUGUCAGCCGAUUUGGCUAGAAAUCUUAGGACAUUUCUUGAGAAUCUGGUGAAGGAAUCCGGCAUGGAAUGUGAUCAUGGAGAUGCCUCAAUGUUAACAAAGAGGGCGACGACAUGCAAAGAAAGGCAGAAAAUUGUGGAAUCUGCCAAGAAAGCUGUGUGCAAGCGAAUGAUCCAGCCGUUGAAUCUGAGCAGCCUUCUAGAUUCCAUUUGUUGGACAAUAUCCGAGCCAACAUCAACAGCUACUAUUUACAUAGAUAGUUUCAGCGAUAAUGAAGAAACCGAUAAUUCAUUCACUCAAUCCAUGAGAUUGCUCACAGAAAGUGAGAGAAUGGAGUUAGUAUACAAAAACAGUUUUAUAACGUUACUACUUCCAAUCGAUUGGUAUGGUGAGAUGGGACCUUCUUCUAGAUCUUAUUUCAGUGAAAACGGCUUUACAUGUCAACAAAUUAUCCAACACAUCUAUGCAUUCUAUCAGGAACACAUGUCCGAGGAGGAAAUCAAAACAGCAAUUCACACAAACUCGAGGCACAGUGAACAGCUCCGAGCCGCGGUCUCUGUGAUGAAAGUCGGGAAAAUUGCAUUCAAACGGAUUCAGUUUUUCGAAUCCCGAAAAAACUUCAAAAUGUUGAAACGUGUUAGUAGCUUCAACUGUAGUAAUGUCUACGAGCUUAUCAUUAAGGCAUAA